UCAUUUAUUAUUUAUUAUUUAUUAUUACGGGAAACUGCUAUACCGCUAGAGAUAGAAGGGAAGUUGCCGGAGAGCGAUGCUAUAGAAAUUGGUAGGUCUGCGGAGGACGGGAAUUACUAGGCUGACCAGUUCCAUUUAGACUUUAGAGAAUGUGCGCUGCGAUUGCGAUUUGGUUCUCACCAGUAGUAUCAAAAUUUUGGAGAGAAAAGAUUGAUGGAGGAGGAAACGGAUGGACGCUGACUUCGUAUAACUGCGGUUAUACCCUAGCUGUUAUAGUGAUCAUACUGAUAUGUCAUUUGCUAAACUCUCGUCUUCGAUUUCCCGUACCCGCCUUCCAAUUUAGAGAACAACCUUCUGCGCGUCCACAUGCCGAAUCCAACAGUUAUCCUGAUGUCUCUCCCUCUUCUGCUCUUUCUGAUGUCCGGAUCACUACAGUGAUAUCUGAACUAGAUCUGAAGAAUUUGAUUGACGACAUAAAUAUGAAAUUCCAUGCUAACGAGAAAUGGGAAGAUGUCAUUAACCGGAGAACAGAUCGUCUUUCCUACUAUGCACGGUGUUGUAAGCAGAAGGAUGCACCUCUUAAAUAUCUAAGUGUAACUGUAUUUGAGAAUUGCUCUGUCGAGAUGCUAAGAGAUUUUUACAUGGAUAAUGAUUUCCGGAAAGUUUGGGACAAAACCUUGAUUGAGCAUAAGCAGUUGCAGGUGGAUACUAGCAGUGGAACUGAAAUUGGACUCAUGAUAAAAAAGUUUCCACUAUUGACUCCAAGAGAGUACGUAUUAGCUUGGAGAGUGUGGGAAGCCAAUGAUGGAUCCUUCUACUGUUUUACCAAGGAAUGUGAAUAUCCGUCGGCACAAAGAAGGAAGAAGUAUGUCAGGGUUGGGCUCUUUAGAUCUGGUUGGAGAAUCAAGAAAGUUUCUGGUAGGAAUGCCUGUGAGAUCCAAAUGGUACACCAAGAAGAUGCUGGUCUGAAUGUUGAAAUGGCAAAACUAGCCUUUGCAAAGGGCAUAUGGAACUAUAUCUGUAAAAUGGAUGAUGCACUUCGUCAAUACUCUGCCCUUGAUCAUUCUCAAUUGACUUCAGAUGUGAGUGCCGUGAUGUUUAUUCAAAAGGUUCCACUUGGAUUGGACGCCUUAAACCACACAAGGAGCUUAAUCAAUCCAGAAACCUGCACAAAUAGUGACUAUUGCUGUGGAGUUUCACAUGAAUGCAGUACAAGGGAGCAAACAAAAGAGCCAUUAAAGAACGUGGUGCCAAAUAUGCUGAUGCUCCUGGGUGGUGCAGUCUGCAUGUCUAGAGGGCUCUCUAACUUGGGAGCAAAGGUUGCCAUGGCAUGUAUACUGAGUAAGCUUGUGAAGCGCAAUUCUUUGAGAAGCAAAUGCCUACAGAGAUUUAGCCCGAUAGAGGUUCAGAGAUGUGAAGAAUGUAGGAUGACUCGUGAAGAUGAGCUCCAGUGUGCCUCCUCAAAUGUCACCUAUUGAUUAAGAAUUUAGUUGUGCAUAUUUAUACCUGGUUCAAAUGUGCUUUCGCCUGCUCAAAUGUCACUUAUUGAUUAAGAAUUUAGUUGUGCAUAUUUAUAUCUGGUUCAAAUGUGCUUUGAGGAAAUUUCUUAA